AUGGCGACGGUAGCGCCAGUAUGCAUCAUUUAUUUUACGUUGUAUGGGCUAACAUCCACCGCUUCUAAUUUCACGAUAUCAGACCAUGCCAAAACAUUUGAUACAACAUGGCCUGCAUCUGCUGGCCAGUUGACAUUGCAUGCCGUUGCACCACCAACUCCCACACCGGUUACGACGACGGCAAUACCAUUGUGCAGUCUUUUCUAUAAAUUAGAGAAUACUGCAACAUCUAGCAAUACGACUCGAACGAUAUAUGUUCCACCUGCCGGCGGCACUGCCGAACCAGUUUCACUUACCUGGAGCUCAAUAGGUGGCUCUGUUGCAUUGGAUAUCGUUCUCCCAUCGACUCCAACAUCAAGUUCUUCAUGGUCAAUCGCCACGUCAAAUACUUCUAUAAGCUCCACGUUGGUUCUUGGGUCAGACUCUGCAUCAACAACCUCGUCCGGCAUUCCUACCGCAGGCUCCAACUGCCCCUAUCCUGGCGAUCCAGGACUAGCCACGGGACCGGCGGUCGGUCUGGCUUUCGGUUGUCUCUUUGCCGGUGCCCUUCUUGCUCUGGCACUAGGGUUAUUCUGCUUCAGAAGAUACGCGCGAGGUCAGCCUGGCAGCCGAAGCCAAGGUGGCGGCGGCGCCAUACCCUUGGCGCCUUCAUCAACCAACAGUUUGACGCGUGUUUUUGAAAAGCUCCCAGCGCCCAUCACGCAUACCGAGUUCAAGCAAGAAGCUUUGCAGUGGAACAUCAGCAUCAAGAACUACCUCGAAAACCAUGCAGAUCUAGUCAGUGAUCUGAGAGGGGCUGGCGGCCAAAUUCUUCCCGCGACUGAGCAGCUGAAUAUACUGGCUGGACACAACGCGCCCUGGCACCGCCUGCUACGCGACAAAACAAGCCGUUACAGUGGAUUGCGUAUGUUUAUUGCUCGUAUCAUCGCCAACGGAGUCAAUCCCGAGACCGCUGCCGAGACAAGCCUGCUUCCAAAGAACGUCUUACGGUCAUACCAAGACAUCGUGGCUAGCGGAAAGCAAAAUCACAACGUGCCCCUUAUGCACAAUAUCUGGCGUGCCAUGACAAUGAACCUGAUAUCCACAACAUAUCAGACCUCCAAUAUCGCCUCGUUAGCAGCCGGCCCUCUGUUCCCAUCCAUUCAAGAGACAGCAAAGACAAUCCACGACGCUCUCAAUCCACUACUUCUGCGCCAUUCCGAGCCCGAAGUAGCCAGUGAGGUCAACUCGCUGGCGGACGUUGUCGCCAAGGGCACCCUGUUAGGGUUGCACAUGUUUGAGCAGAGCAACCCCACGAGCUUCUUUUGGCAUCCCAGUGGUGAGCAGCGUGAUCGGUCCUCCGAGAAUACCUUGAUUGUGUUUCCCGGCAUCAGACAGCGGAGGGUGCAGCCAGGGUCAAGAGAGCCGAAGCACGAGUCUGUCAUUGUCCAGCCUGUACGGGCCUAA